CCAGUCGCACGGUCGGAAUGCACGCAUGCCACGGACCGAUUGCGCAGGGCGACAGGAAACGGGGCACACGGGAAGAGCCCAGGGCGGUGCUGGAGUUCCGCUACGCACGCCAAAGAUAGGACAAGACCGGCGGACGCUCUGCGAAUUGGCAUCGGAUGCAAGCGGAAACGUUUACAGUUAAACUCCUUUAGCCCAGAAGUCGCCAGCCAUGACUGACAAAGAAGAGUUCGAUUCCUUCCUGACCAAAGUGGACCAAGUCUCAGCACUGAUCGAGGCGCUCCGCUCCCCUGACUCGGCCACAGUGGAGCAGGCCUCCCGCCAGGCAGACCUCAUCACCCGCGGCCGACUGGCCGAAGGCGCUGUUGACGAAGGGGCAGGGAGCGUCGUAACGGCCGAGAACAGAAACUGCGUCAACCCCCGUCCGGCGGUCGAUCCGGCCACUGCACAGCAGGAGGACUUCAAACGACAGAUGGAGGCGGAUGCCGCGGAACGAGCUGAAAAGAAGAAAAAGGCCAAAAUGCUGUCCGAUACGUGGAAAGAGAAGGCGAUUGCAUCUUUUCGAGCGGGGAAGUACGAUGACGCCCUGGAGAAGUACACUAACGCGAUCACCGAGCUGAAGGACAGCUGCCUGCUGUACACGUCGCGCGCUCAGACGUUGCUGAAGCUGAAGCGGGCGAGGGAGGCGAUGCAAGACCUGGAUCUGGCGCUGCGACUGGACGAGACCAGUCUGCGCGCCUGGAUCCACAAGGGAAAGGCGCACAUCCAGCUGGGUCAGCAUGCCGACGCCGUAGAGAGCUUCCAGCAGGCCAUCAAGCUACAUCCGGACCAGAGAAAAGUGAUACAGGUGUAUAUUGACGAUCUGGAGCGAUCACGGGUUCGCAACGCUUUCCAGCCAUUAGAAUAGACGUGUCACAGUGUUCAACACCUUG